AUGACCGACAACACCAACCCCGGAAACUUCGCCAACCGCCCCAAGGAAGAAGUGCAGGAGAUCGCCUCCAAGGGUGGUCAGGCCAGCCACAACAGCGGCUUCGCCAGCAUGGAUCCUGACAAGCAGCGCGAUAUCGCAUCCAAGGGUGGUCAGGCAUCGGGCGGUUCGUUCGAAAAGGGCAGCGAGCGCGCUGCCGAGGCGGGGCGCAAGGGCGGAUCAGCGACUGGCUCCUCUUAG